AUGGCUCCUCCUAGCGUGUUGAUGGUCGGCACCGGCGAGUACACCACCGGCUUCGUCGGUGGUGGUGCGUCUGGCUCAGACAAGAAGGUCGGCGUGGUCGGUCUGACCAUGUUCGACCUGCGCCGUCGCGGCAAAGUCGGUGAUCUGAGCAUGGUAGGCGUGUCAGGCAAGAAGUUCGCCGGUAUCCGCGACCAUCUCCACCGCAACAUCUCCCAAGUCUAUAACGGCCUCGACACCUCCUUCACCUCCUUCCCAGCCGACGACCAAACCGACCCAGACGCCUACAAGACGGCAAUUGACGCCCUCCCCAAGGGCUCCGCCAUCACCAUCUUCACCCCCGACUCAACACACUACCCAAUCGCCCUCUACGCCAUCGAGCGCGGCCACCACGUCCUCAUCACCAAACCCGCCACCCAACGUCUAUCCGACCACCUCGCGCUCGUCGAAGCCGCCCGCAAAGCCGGCGUCUUCGUCUUCGUCGAGCACCACAAGCGCUUCGACCCGGCCUACUCGGACGCCCGCGCCAAGGCCAAGUCCCUCGGCGACUUCAACUACUUCUACAGCUACAUGAGUCAGCCGAAGAGUCAGUUGGAGACGUUCAAGGCGUGGGCGGGUCGUGACUCGGAUAUCUCUUAUUACCUUAACUCGCACCACAUUGAUAUCUGUGAGAGUAUGGUGCCGGAGUAUAAGCCUGUGCGGGUGUCGGCGACGGCGUCCCAGGGUACGGCUGCGGCGGUGGGGUGUGUGCCUGAGACGGAGGAUACGAUUACGCUGCUUGUUGAGUGGCGGCGUAAGGAUGACCCGGCUAAGAUUGCGACGGGUGUGUAUACGGCCAGCUGGACUGCGCCGUUGAAUGCGGGUGUGCAUUCGAACCAGUAUUUCCACUAUAUGGCUGCCAACGGCGAGAUCCGCGUGAACCAGGCCAAGCGUGGCUAUGACGUGACCGGCGAUGAUCAAGGUCUCACCUGGUACAACCCCUUCUACAUGCGUUACGCCCCCGAUGAAGAAGGCAACUUCGCCGGCCAGACCGGUUACGGCUACAUCAGCUUCGAGAAGUUCAUCGACGCCGUGACGGCCGUCAAUGAGGGCCGCGUGACUCUGGACCAGCUGGAUGCUCGUCCCCUGCCGACCCUGAAGAACACCAUUGGCACCACUGCUAUCUUGGAUGCUGGUCGUAAGUCGCUGGAUGAGCGCCGGCCGGUUGAGAUUAUCAGCGAGAAUGGAAAGUGGGAGCUCAAGUGA